AUGUCAGAGAGGCCAGAGACUUAUUUUUCGAAAGCUAGAAUUACUAAAACAUGUGCACUUGAUAAAGAGCUGUCACUAAAGCUGGAUUUGCAAAGCAUUUUUACUCCAAACUCCUCAAGAGGAUUUAAUUAUAACAAAAGGCUGGCUCAUGCAUCAUGCUAUUCAAACCAAAAUUCAGACCGAUACGCUUCAAGCACAAUAAACAUGUAUGAUACAAAAUGCCGCUUAAGCUCAACACCUAAGCCUUUUUCUAAAUCAAAAGGCCCUAUUAUUAGAGCUCAAGAAGAUUUUGAUAAUUUUUAUAACAGCAUAACUCCCUCUUCACGCUCAAAAAUUUUAAAACAAGAAGCCCAGGAAGCCCACAGUCUCAACCCAAAAUCAUCAUUUUUGCUGAAUCCAAACUUUUCUAACAAACUAAUAAAAAAAUCAGAAAAAAUCAGCGAUCUGUUAUAAUAUUUAAGAUAACUAAUUCAUGGCGAAAAAUAAUAAUUUUAUUAAUCAAAUAAAAGAAGAGUAUAAUUUCUGAUGAAAUAUUGAGUUAAAUCGACUAUACCACUUGAUACCCUAAAAAAACUCAAAGAUUUUAUCAAGGAAAACAAAAUUACCGAAGACGAAAUGUAAAUUAUAUUUAGGUAUACCCAAGAAUUAAGAGAAUUCGCGCUUGAAGUUCUUUCACAAAAACUAAAAGAGAUAAACUAAUUUAUAGCAAAUAAAAUUUCUAGGAUUUCAAACUUAUUUUAUUUUCUUAUAGUAGAUAGAAUAAUUAUUAGCUAAAAGGAUUUUUAUGUAACUAUAAUGGCUAUAUAA